AUGAACACACUAUCUCGCCAGCUGCCUCCAGGUUUCAGAUUUCGACUCACCGAGGAAGAGCUGCUUGAUUUUUAUCUGAAAAAGAAAAUUGCCUCAGAAAAGAUUGACAUGGACGUUAUCAGGGAUAUGGAUCUCUAUAAAAUUGAACCUUGGGAUCUCCAAGAGAUAUGUGGGGAAGAUGCUAGAGAAUGGUACGUGUUCAACAAGAAUAAUAAGAAAGGCAGUCGCAUAUGUAGAUCCACAGCAGGUGGUUAUUGGAAGGAAACAGGAAAGGAUAAGCCAAUAUACUCGAAGCAGGCAGGUGGAAGACAUCAGAUUGGAAAGAGAAAGAUUUUAGUCUUCUACAAAGGCCGUUCCUCCAAAGGACAAAGAUCAGAGUGGAUCAUGCAUGAAUACAGACGUGGCACAACUCCUCAGGAUAAAGAAUGGGUAAUAUGCCAUGUCUUCCAAAAGAAAAUUAUAGAUAAACAGAAAAGAAAUGAGGAAGCUUGGACUGAUUGUAGAGACAAAGGAGAAGAAAAAGAAGAAUGGACUGGAUGGAUAAACUUCGAAGAGGAGGAGGGGGAGGAUAUAUAA